CCCACACGUUAACCUCCAUCACAUGAGCUAAGCUCCGAGAUCCUGUCAACCAAGACACCUUUCGACCGGUUUGGUCUUACUUCUCCGCUUGUCCCCGUCUCUAGCGACCUCUCUUAUUCCCUCAAGCCUUGGCCCCUCAGAAUGGCACCCGCACGUCAAGCGCCAUUCAUAUCAAAGUGGUCCUUAAAAGCUCAGGAUCACAACGCCACUCGAGUUCGCGAUAACCAGCGUCGUCACCGCGCGCGCGUCAAAGCCCGCAUUGAAUCCCUAGAGACGGAGUUGACGCAGUCUCGACAAGAGUUGCGCAUAGCACUGGCUCGAAUCGAGGAGCUGGAGGCACUGGUUGCCGCCCGAGAUUCCGCCGCAUAUGCCAUGAGCAGCCGUUUCAAUGACUCUGCGCCGGAACCAUUCAGCCGAUCGGAUCAAGCGAUCAUUGAACAACCGUUGCCAGCCGAAGAACCCAGACUCUUGGGCGGCGGGCUGGACAAACAAGGAUGCUGUCACCGUCUUUCCAAACCCGUCAAUCAGCCCUCGGGACAGCAGCAUUAUCACCGAAGCCCGGCACCGUUACCUGUCACCAGAGCCUUAACCGAAGAUCCAACCGCACCAUCUUCAAUUCCUGCAGAUCAAACUGCCGCCAACCCCGUCGUUUUCCCUCUCAUUGCGCAGUAUGACCACGACGGUCGACUCCCCCUCGUCGCGCCUGGCGAGUCCACCACCCUAUGCCGGGUGGCAUAUGAGAUUAUUGCUCAGCAAAACAUGGCCGGCAUAGAAAUGUCUGACGUGGAACAAUGGCUGUGGCCAGGAUUUCGGCGGGCGACAAAGCAGGGCGAGGGGUGCAGAGUUGAUACCAAGGUUCUGUAUGCAUUAAUCGAUUACAUGAGCCCCUUAUGAGGUGACAUUUCGAACAAAUAAACAAGGCGGCUCUAUUACUGUUUGUACAGCGAAUAUCUCGUGACUCAUAACUAACUACCGUCGCUCGCUUGCGACCCAUGGUUUGAGUAGCGCUUUCAAGCAACCCUCUAGAAAUCAACGCCACCAGGUGGCCUGCGUAUUAGAAUAUCAGAGUCUCUGUGACGCAAACUUCUCCACAAUGCCGCUAAAAAUCCGCUAGCAAUGAUAUACGAUAGACCUGCGAAGGUCUGGGGGUACAGAUAGGUUCUCGGGGCUGGUAACUCCUGGAGCAGUAAAGCUAUGACUUCGGCGG